CGGCAGCUUCCAGGCUCCCGGCCGGGUGGGCGGCUGGCAGGCGCGGGCGGUGGGGGCUGCGCGGGGCUGGGGCCAACGCCCCGGCUGCUCCCGCCGCGCCCCCGCGUGUCCCCGCGCGCCAUGCCGCCCCCGGCGCUGCUCUGCGCGCUUUGCUUCGGCCUCUUGGCCACGGCCGCCCGCGCCGGCUACUCGGAGGACCGCUGCAGCUGGAGGGGCAGCGGCCUGACCCAGGAGCCCGGCAGCGUGGGACAGCUCGCCCUGGUCUGUGCGGAGGGCGGGAUCGAGUGGCUGUACCCGGCCGGGGCGCUGCGCCUCACCCUGGGCGGCUCCGACCCCGGCGCGCGGCCCGGCACCGCCUGCCUGCGGCCGGCGCGGCCCUUCGCAGGCGCCCAAGUCUUCGCGGAGCGGGCAGGCGGCGUGCUGGAGCUGCUGCUGGCUGAGGGCCCAGGCCCGGCCGGGGGCCGAUGCGUGCGCUGGGGUCCCCGCGAGCGCCGGGCCCUCUUCCUGCAGGCCACCCCGCAUCCCGACAUCAGCCGUCGCGUGGCAUCCUUCCGUUUCGAACUUCGGGAGGACGGGCGUCCAGAGCUGCCUCCGCAGGCCCACGGCCUCAGUGCGGAUGGUGCCUGCAGACCCUGCAGUGAUGCCGAGCUCCUCUUGGCCGUGUGCACCAGCGACUUUGUGAUCCAUGGAACCAUCCACGGGGUUGCCCACGACACAGAGCUGCAGGAGUCUGUUAUCACCGUGGCCGCCGCCCGUGUCCUUCGCCAGACAUUGCCGCUAUUCCGGGUGGGGGGCCCUGGGGGACAGGCGCAGGCCUCCAUUCGCACCCCACUGCACUGUGGCGUCCACCCUGGCCCUGGCACCUUCCUCUUCAUGGGCUGGAGCCGCUUUGGUGAGGCCUGGCUGGGCUGUGCACCCCGCUUCCAGGAAUUCAGCCGUGCCUACACGGCUGCCCAUGCUGACCACCUCCACCCCUGUGAGGUGGUGCUGGACUGAGGGGCCUGGGAGCAGGGUGC